AUGAAUGAGAAAAAAUUGAAAGGAAGUAGCGGUGAAGAAGAAACUGAUCAAGCAUUACAGGGUUCUUCUUCAGGAUUUGAACCAUUCUUUGAGACUGGAGAAGAAAUUGGUUUAGUGGAUUCAUCAUCAGUUUCAGCUGCACCAGGUGCUUCGACCACUUCAUCUAUAUCGGGUAGUAGUCAAUCGUCGAAUCCGAAUGUUGCAGCUGAUGAUAAGGUUGCAUCAGUUCUAGCAAAAUUAUCAGUACCAGAGUUAUGGGGUCAAUAUGUGAAAUGCCUAAUGAUGUCAGUACCAUCGAAUGUUGGACGAGAGAGCUUUGAAAGUGGUGCAGGAAAAAAUGCUGAAAAGUAUUUGGAACAAAUUUUGAAACUCUCGCCAGUAUCGUCCACGAAAAGUGGUGAUCCUCUGCAGGUACCAUGCUUUGAUCCUGCAAGAGAGAGUGAAAUCAGUGAAGACGAAAAAUAUAAAGUUGAAAUAGUUAAAGCAACUAAAGCAGAUAGUGAACUAAUAUGGAAUACAACUGCACAGUUACAAGCAUUAGUUCUCAUAAAGAGAGGUUAUGGACCAGCGGUUGGAUUGAAUGAACUCAGAAAAUUUAAUACGGCAAUGCAAGAAGCAGCAGAGAUUUAUCGUGAUUCUAUUAGUUCCAGUCAGGAUAGGUCAGUUAGUCGCGUUGGUACUUUUCAAUAUCGUAUAAGUUAUGCUGAUAAAACUGAAGCUUAUCAUGUGGAUGCAAUGCGAAAUUUAAUUUUGGGACAAUUACCACCAAGUGUACGUUUUUUUACGGAACAAACAAAAAGUGAAAAAUUGAAGAGUGCAUUGCAGGAAAAGAAACAAAAGCGUAGACGUAAACAGUAA